AAAGACAAGCAGAAGCUCCACCUCUUUCCCCACAAGGCCAUCUGCAUGUCAUCGCUUUCUUCUUAAGAAGAAAAUAAACAGACCUCUCAAGAUCAAAUUUCUCCGAGCCCGACAGAAAGGAUAAAGUUCAUUUGGUAGCGACACGGCGUGGGAAGUAAGACAGAAUCGACGUCUCGAAAACAAACUUAGACCAAGGAUCUAUUUAGCGAGGUGAGGGCGGAGCGAGAAAAAUCGCGCUGGGAUCAACUGCAGCUGCGCACAUAGCAUUUCCGUGUUCCCUCCCCCCACCCCCCACCCCCGUUCCGCGCGGCUCCCCUGUCCCCGACCCAGCAGCACAAGCUGUCAUGGCGGCCCGGCUGUUAAGUUUGUGUGCUCGCCGCCUUUCGGUAGCAGCGGCGGUACGAGGGCUCCCAGCUGCCCGCGUUCGCUGGGAAUCCUCCAGGGCUGUAAUCUCCCCGUCUGCUGUGGAGAGAAAGCGGCAACGAGAACCGACCAUGCACUGGCAGGAAGACCCAGAACCCGAGGACGAAAACGUCUACGCGAAGAACCCAGACUUUCAUGGUUAUGACCAGGACCCUGUGGUGGACGUCUGGAAUAUGCGAGCUGUCUUCUUCUUUGGUUUUUCCAUCGUCCUGGUCUUGGGUACCACCUUUAUGGCUUAUCUGCCUGACUACAGGAUGCAGGAGUGGGCCCGCCGAGAAGCUGAGAGACUUGUGAAAUAUCGAGAAGCCAACGGCCUCCCCAUCAUGGAAUCCAACUGCUUUGAUCCCAGCAAGAUCCAUUUACCAGAAGAUGAGUGAUGAGUUACUGAGAAGGGCUUAAAAAGCACUACUUUGUUCACGCCCUGCCUGUUACUCUUCUGGUCCCUCAGCACCUUAUUAAAGGGAUGAAAAGGUG